AGGAAAAGAGAGAGAGAAAAAAAUCAGGUCCCAAUCCCCCUCCAUCCAACCCUCCCUUCCCCCAUCCUUCGUGAAAAACUAGAGUUGCUGUCCGAGAGUUCCUCAGUCUCCAGAAAGCAGCUGAAGGCUUUCAGAGCCAUGCUACUGCCCCAGACCCCGUGAACCCUUGGACAGGAGCUCGCUACUGGGCUGAGCAGGGUCCUGGACACUGGGGAUCCGAAACCACAGGAGGAGGCCUUAAUACAAGAGGGAUACAGGAGAUGUGUGCAGCUUUAAGGACUUUUAGGGAGCCACUGGGAGAAUAAGGAAUCACGGAAGACACCAAGAACAAGUGGAGCACAAGGAUCUUAACAGAAUACUAAGGUCAGAAGACACCAGGGUGAAGCAUUGGAUUUUCCACUUCGUGGAGGUGGAAGAAGAGAAGUAUAACCAACUAAAAGUAGGUGAGGUGAUAACAGAAGCAACCAUGAGAGACGUAACAUUGUGUAUGGGCAUCAUGCUCUGCCUCUGCGUUUGUUUGUUCGGCAAGAGCCACUCAGGAAAUGCACUCAUGCAAUCUCGACCACGACGAGCACCUGCCGAUGACUCCAAGAAGUGCUCCUACACUUUCCUGGUGCCCCAGCAGAGGAUCACAGGUCCGAUCUGUGCCUCUGCCACCGGGCCCGAGCCAGACAAAGACCGGGUGACACGUAUGGACAUUGCUGACGUUCGGGAGGUCCUAUCCAAGCAGCGGCGGGAGAUUGAGAUGCUGCAACUAGUGACGGACGUAGACGGGAACUUGGUAAAUGAGAUGAAGCUUCUGCGCAAAGAGUCUCGUAACAUGAAUUCUCGAGUGACACAGCUCUACAUGCAGUUGCUUCAUGAAAUUAUCCGCAAGAGGGACAACUCACUAGAACUGGCGCAACUGGAGAACCGUGUGCUGAACGUCACCACAGAGAUGCUGCGACUGGCCUCCCGUUACAAAGAGCUGGAGCUACGUUUUGCAGGCCUUGCUGGCACAGUUAACAACCAAUCUGUGCUUAUUGCCGCCCUGGAGGAUCGUUGCCUUCGUGGAUAUGGACGUCAAGAUCUUCCUGCAGUUCCACCGCUGGUGCAGGUGGUGCCAGAGAGCAUUCCCGCGAACAACAAUCGCUUCACCAAUGAGAUUCAGAGAGACAACAACAACAGAGCCUUUCCUAGAGGAUCACGAAUGGAUGCCCCAACACCUGACCCACUGGGAAUCCCACCACUGCCACAGGGCACCCUUACAUCUGAUGGCCCAUUCAGAGACUGUUUCCAGGUGCGGCAGGCGGGACACAGCACCAGUGGGAUGUAUCUGUUGAAGGCAGAGGGCGGUGAUAGACUGAUUCAGGCCUGGUGUGAACAUAAAUUAGACAACGGAGGCUGGACCGUUUUUCAGCGAAGGAAAGAUGGCUCUGUCAACUUCUUCAGGAACUGGGAGAACUAUAAGAAAGGCUUUGGGAACAUAGAUGGAGAGCACUGGCUGGGCUUGGAGAACAUUUAUAAUCUAGCCAAGCAGGGGGACUACAAAUUGCUGGUGGAGCUGGAGGACUGGGUUGGAAAGAAGGUGUAUGCAGAGUACAGCAGCUUCCAUCUGGAGUCUGAGAGUGAGGCCUUCAGACUGAGACUGGGCAGCUACCAGGGCAAUGCAGGAGACUCCCUCACAAGCCACAAUGGAAAACCCUUCACAACGCUUGACCGGGAUAAAGAUGCCUUUACAGGAAACUGCGCUCAUUUCCAUAAAGGUGGCUGGUGGUACAACGCGUGUGGUCAAACGAAUCUGAAUGGCGUGUGGUACUCCGGUGGUGUGUAUCGCAGCAAGUUCCAGGAUGGGAUCUUCUGGGCAGAGUAUGGAGGCGGGUUCUACUCGCUCAAAUCAGUCCGUAUGAUGAUUCGGCCAAUAGACUGAGGUUCACCCCACGAUUUCAUCCUCAUAUCAAACCCACUUGAGUCUAAAUUGCUUGAAUGUACUCAUAAUUCACUCCAGCACUUAUUUAUAAUCACAUAUUCAUGUUUAUGAGGACUGACAUGUAUAGAACAGUACAGUCGUCAUUGGUACAGCACCGAUAAAAAUCAUGAAAAGGAGGAGUGCGUUUAUAUGGACCUCUGGUCCAUCCAAAUGCAGAGAGGAUGAACUAGUAAGAACUACAAGUUGGAGCUGGAUGACAACACGGUCGACUCACUUUUCCUUUACUGUUGCUCUUACAUUCUUCUCCACUGCUUGCUGUUCCUUCUGAUUCUUCGUGAUCGCUUGGACUGAUGACAUCAAAGCCUCAAUCAAAGGUAUUUAAAACAAAGAUCUUCGCAACCAAGCAAAUUUUGGCCUUUGGCUUCGGAAGCGUGUCUGUAAAAAUAAGGACUGGCACUGGGCUGAACUGUUCGCCAGGACCCGUCUGCAUUCGGGGGGUAAUGUUGGUCUGUAAAUAUACUUCAUGUUUUAUAUUUGUUCGUUGUUAUAAGAGUUAAUUUAAGGACUCACCACCAAUCUGCAGUAUUCAUUUGUUAUUUAUAUAUCAGUGAUCUGUAUUUUUGACAAUUAUACUCCUCCAAUCAUCCAUUUAUCCCUGAUUAUGAUGCACCACUGUGCUUUUGACAAACUUUUGUAUACUUUUAACAACAGAGAGAGCAUAUCUCAUUCGACUCCAGGGUUGUAAACACCGUGGAAACUGAAAGAGACAUGUCCCCCAACAUCUAUCUCAGAGGUCAAUAAGUAUGCAUUUUUCAUAACUAAAUCUUAAAAGCAGUGUUAUGUUCUUCAUAAAAUGACGUAUCUUCAACUGAAACAAGAUAUUCAGACAAAAAUGCAGGGCUGAAAUAGAUUCCAUUUGCUGGGAGUUGUCUAAAGUUGUCCAAAGUUGACGUUAAAUACCAUAACAGAGCCAAACCAAUUGUUCAUUUGUUAAAACGGUUGGUCAAGGUUAUCCAAUAGCCAGUGCAGCCUAAAUGAUGUCAAUUUGUUUGUUUCAGAGGAAAAUGAGCGAACGAUUACAUCUUAAAUGAAAGAUUCUGAAUUUAAUUUAUCAUUGGCCUUCUUUUAAUGAACGGGUAUAAAUCUAAACUGAAUUGGUUGUGCCAAACAGGAAGUCGAAUUGGAAUUAAAGGAAGUAGAUUGUAUUGAACUUAAUUAAUUAUGAAUAAACAAACAAAUAUUUGUCUGUAAGGCUACAAAACGCAUCGAAGGCCUAGGCUUUUUAUAACUUUCAGAUAUGCCUUUACAAAGUCUUGAUGAAACUUCAAGACACUUGUACUUAUAACAUAUGAAUUUCUAUUUAAACACAAUUCAUUUUAAUUCUACUUUUAAUUCUAAUUCGAAUAGCAACUCUGCAUCCUGUUUGUGAUGUGAUGUCAAAAGUAAAUAGCAAAGAUUAUUAUACAUUUGAAUUAUGUGCAACAAUGAAUUGGUCACAAUAAGAGCAUGAAUGAUAAUAAUGAAAGUAAAAGGGGUCUGUUUAGAUUUUUCAUUUGGUCGCCCAAUCUUUAAUAUUUGGUUAUUCCUCUGACUGGCUCAAAAACACACAUGCAAAGCCAGAAAAAACUUUGUAGUGCUGUAGAAUUUAUGCUAGACUUCCCUCAUGAAUAUACACAAAUACCUGUCUCUGUAGUCUCUGGUGAAAACACUUAUGCCUGAACGUAAUUUUGGUACAACCAAAUUUUUGUGUAAAUGAUUUCUGAAUCCACUCUGAAUAAAACAGCGUCCAAAAGUC